UUGACUUUAAAUUCAAAAAGUGAUCUUGUGCAUAAAAAGGUUAGAGACCACUGCUUUAAGAGAUGGUUCAAAUUAAAUUUAGGUGACAUUUGCACAAAAUGUAUGUACUAAAAAGGUACUUUUUUCUUUUCCUUCGUAAAGGGUAUUUGACUCCUUAACCAGCAAUGUUGAAGACUUAAAGUACAUUAAUCAGAAAUUAAAUGGACAAACACAGGGUAUGCAGAAAGCAAUGGAAGUACUGGAUGAAACCUGUCUGCAACUGGCAGAUGAAAUGUUAGUCUGCUUUUCAGCUCUGCAAAGCAUGCAGCAACCUCUAGAAAAUUUAAAAUAUGCAUCAAAUGAGCUUGACAACAUCAAGAGCAAAAUUAAUGAAUUUGUGUGAGGUGAAUCAUGUGGUUCGUGGAUGUUGCAGAAGACUGAAAAAACAAGUUGAAUCUUUCACUUCAAAAUUGACUUUGUUAGAGGAGAAUUCUAAGGCCCAGGAAGAGAAAAAAUCAGCUGUGUAAGAAGUGUUGUCAGCUGAAGAUGCCUGGGAAUAUUUGCAGGACUUGUUGCAGGAAAUAAAAUCUCAGAAGAAUAGCAUGUUUCUGGCCCUGACGGAUGAGAUUGCAUUGAAAAAGCAAUUGAGUCACUCACUCUAAAGUGUGAUACGGAUGCUUGCUUGCUUACAUCCAUUCAUAGAAAACUGGAACAAAGUCAGAAAGAAACUGAAAACAACGUUUCUGGAAUGUCCAGAACUUUCAACAAAAUCAACCAGCACCCAAGAUCCUGAACUACAGAAGGUCCUUUUAGAAGAAUCAGAUGAAACCAAAAAGCAGUCAGAGCAAAAUACAGCAGAAGCAGAAAGUCACACCACCACUAACAAUGUAAGAAAGAAUAAGUGGUCCAUAAAGAUGGCCAAAAUUAAUUGCCACAAAGGCCAAGAUGAAAAAACCUUUUUGCACACCAACCAGAAGCUAACUCAAAGCUUUAGAUUAAAUGUGCAUGUUUCACACCUGGCAAAAAUUAUUACAAGUAGAAGGAAAAGCUAAAACAACAAAAAUAAAAAUGGAGGCUAUAUUGGAAAUCAUGAAGUCUUUGACAGAAGACAAAAGGAACAGUGUGACUUUGGCUGAGCAAAGAGUAACUGAAAGAAAUAAACCUGUAGGUGCUACAGAAAAUAAAUCUGUCAGAAGCCAGUAAAGAGCUAUAUCCCCCAGCGUCUAUUUUGAACAUUAAUAAACUGAGAGGAUCUGCUCUUGGGAUUCUGUGCGACCGCUGGUGGAGCGGAGUGGCUGGCAGAGCGGAGCAGUUCGUGGAAUGGCUGGAGCGGCUCACAGGAUGGCUGGUGGAGCAGAGUGGCUAGUGGAGUGGCUCACGGUGAAGGCUGUAGCAGAACCCCAUGGAGAGGCGGGGCAGUUGGCCUCGGACCACAUGAUUCAGGCAGUUCAGCUAUGGUUUUCUGAUGCCGAAAGAACCACAGUGCUUCCAACAUGCCCAAAGGAAGUAAAAAGCUACUUUAAAAUAAAAAAAGGAAGGAAAGCAACUGUCAAGCAGAGCAUUUGAGGUCAGCUGUCAGACUAGCAGUGGAGAUGGAGUAAAGCAUCUUUAUUCUAAACCCUUGCUAACACAGUUUUCAGCUGUGACUCAGAGAGGUCUGUGGAUCACAAGGCAUCUCAGUGCUUAUCCCUUGAGGUUAACUUGAAACAGACAUUCCCAGCAGUGCAUGGUCUUUUUAGUCCACAUUGCAGUCCAUCGUGUCUCUCAUCAGCUACCAUGCCAACCGUACCUGAAGACGAGGGACAGCCACCAGAAGCACAACACACCAGUUCUCCAAUCAAAGAUGCUACUAUUGAAGGGACAACAUGCAGUACACCUUCUAUUGUUCUUCCAGAGAAUGCUGUAACGCCAGAUGUAGAAAUUGAUAAAAAUCUGGUUAACAGACCUCAUAGUCCUCAUCUGAGACAUUCUAACCGACACACUAGGACUUCUGUUAGUUCACUGACUUCAGUUGACAAUACAGGUCAGGUGAUUGAUCUGGUAAAUGGCCAACUGCCAGAUGUCAAAAUCUCAGAUGAAGAUAAAAAGAAGAAUCUUGAGUUACUAGAAGAAGCAAAGAGAGUGAGUGAGAGGUUCCUAAUGCGCAGAGGCAGAAAAUCAAGAAGCAGUCUUCCAGAGUCUCCCACAGCUGUUUCUCCUACACUUAGUCCAAGAGUUUCACCUGUACCAUCUCAGAGCAACUCUCUCAGUCUUCCAAUCCCAACAGGGUCUGAUGUAUGUACAGCCAGAGGUGCGGGGUCAGUGUCUCCACUGCAGAAUGUCACAAAAGGUUUAACCGAUCGAAAGCAGAAUGAUCAGAGGAAGGUUUCUCAGGGAAGGUUGGUUCCUCGUUCCACUAGUUUUGAAAACUCCAAAGAGAAACUCUCUGCACAAAAAGAAAACUUUGAUCCACUUACACAUAUGGAUAAUUUACCCAAAUCCUCUCCUUCAGGCAGUGAUGCUGGCAAAACUUCUCUUAACACAAGCACAAACAGCUGUGAAAAUGAACAUGGAAAACCAUUACUUAAGAAAUCAAAAGAAAAUGACUUUCCUUUAAGAAUGUAUCGACAAGGACCAGGCAUAGGUACUAUGGACCCAAAAUUAAAAAGUUCUGUCCCAGAACUGAUGGACCCUAAAGUUACCUGUAAAACAGAACUUAAAGCAUCUGGAACACGCCCUCCUCUAUUACGAGCUGUAUCAUGGGAUAGCAUAGAACCUGGACAUCAAGAAAAGGCACCUUUUAAAUUACCACCUGAAGAAGAUAAAAGCUUUGCCAUUAGUAAUAAAUCCAGCAAUCAGUUGACUAAAACAUUAACGUUCAAAGAUCUCCAAAUACAAGUUCAACCAGUUCGAAUGCAGAAAUUGACAAAGCUUAGAGAGGAGCAUAUUCUGAUGCGAAAUCAAAACUUAGUUGGACUUAAACUGCCUGAACUCAGUGAAGCAGCUGAACAGGAAAGAGGGCCUUCACCUAUACCGUGCACCACUGAAGAAGAGGAGUCAAAGAAUGGCUCUGAUGUCAUGCCUAAUAUUCCUGAUGUACUGCUACGAAAACUCCGUGUGCAUAAAUCUCUUCCAGGAAGCUCUCCUCCACUUACUGAAAAAGAAGUUGAGACUGUGUUUGUACAACUUUCCUUGGCCUUCAGAAAUGAUAGUUACACCUUGGAAUCUAGAAUUAACCAGGCGGAGAGGGAGAGAAAUCUUACUGAGGAGAACACUGAGAAGGAACUGGACAACUUUAAAGCAGCCAUUAUGUCUUCAGCUGCCUUAUGGCAUCACUAUGAACACAGAGAAACUUGCCAGAAGCUGUUGGAGGAUAUUGCUGUACUACAUCGUUUGGCUGCUAGACUCUCCAGUCGUGCUGAAAUGGUUGGAGCUGUUCGCCAGGAGAAACGUAUGUCAAAGGCCACAGAAGUAAUGAUGCAGUAUGUGGAGAAUUUGAAGAGAACAUAUGAAAAGGAUCAUGCUGAGCUAAUGGAGUUUAAGAAACUGGCCAAUCAGAAUUCUAGCAGAAGUUACAGUGCAUCUGAAGAUGGAGUGCCUCGCUCAUCUAGAUCCAUGUCUCUUACUGUUGGAAAGACUAUGCCUCGGAGGAGAGUCAGUGUUGCUGUUGUUCCUAAGUUUAACUCAUUACACAUUCCUGGCCAGUCACCUACUACGUCACCCAUACCUUCAAUGCCAUCCCUGUCUGAAUCACCCAAUGGAAGAAGUAGUCUGACAUCUACUCCUGCCCUACCAGCCCUUCUAGAGAAUGGAAAGUCCAAUGGAGAGCAUGACCGUGAAUCGCCUGCUUCUCUGCUGACACAGAGCUGUUCAGAGGAGAUCAACCCUGAGACAAAAGCCAAGAUAGAGGAGGAAGCUUAUAACAAAGGUUAUCAGGAAGGCUUAAAGAAAACCAAAGAACUUCAUGAACUGAAAGAGGAAGAUGAAGAGAAAACAAAUGAAAUCCCUGAUGAGCAUGAAGAGAGUGAAAGUGAAGAGAUAAAUAACAUGAAAAACAGCAAACUUGAAGUUGUUAUUAAUUAUUUACAUAUACUGUACCCAAAACUGUGUAAACACUGGAAUGUGGUCUGGAUUGUAGCAGCUGCGAUAAUCAUUUUUGCUGCGCUGUUGGGGAUCUACCAUUCAUACAACUCCUGUGUUGAAUUAUCAGAUGGACCCGAGAGGAAAGCCACCUGUUCUGCUGUCCAGCAAUACUCCUGGUGGAACUCAGGACUUCAGCAUGAGCAAGGCACAGAAUAAUAAACAAAUUAUAAAAUAUUUGCGGUACAUCAGUAACCACACACUUUAAAACACGGUUAUUAAAGCAAGGUAGCACUUUGUCAUUUUCCUGUUGCUAAAUAUGAUCAGUAAGCCACACUAGUUAUUCUAUGCCAUCAGGCUUGGGAAUGGAUUGUGAUUUACCUAGUGAAAAUGACCAUCUGAUAAAUACUUCUGUCUUUUUGUCAUGAUAAUUGUAUCUGACUGAUAUGACUUCAUACAAAUAAAGUCACAUUUAAAUCAUGCCAAGGUUGUGACAGUCACCAGCAAUAGCCAGGAUAUUCAAAGGGAAGAAUGAUACUUUAGACCUUAAUUCAUGCACUUUUGAGGAAAGCCAUAAAAGCUACCAGUUAGAGAGUAUUUGCUUUAACUUUGCAUUUCUUGGCUUUUAUUGACUGAUGUCAUAACUUUCACAGCAGUUAUAUAUAGGAUUUUUUUUAAAAUGUAAUGUCCUUGUUUAGAAUGAGUGGGUGGGAAAGAAAGUCCUUCUGCUGAAGAUGAAAAAUAUUAUACAAGGCCAAAUUUAUCCUUGGUGUAUUUCCAUAAUAUGAGUUACACCAAGGAUGAGGUUGGCCCAAUAAUCAUACAACAAUGCAAAAUGGAAUGCUGACUAAAUACAUGUUUUGCAUUGCUAUUCAUAAUGUAUUGCAAGAGGGAAACCACUCUAUUGUUUGAAGAGGGUUUAUGUUAAGGACUAAAUCCAGGUCUAUGUGGCAAACAGACCAAGUGCCCAGUGUGUCUCAGAGCCUCUUUGUAUGUCAAAGGGACAUGCUGUGUGGUGCAUUUUGCUGCUCUUCUGAACAAGAGUGCAAUGCACUCCCCACUAGCAGUUGUUACUGAUUGCAGCAAAAUAAUUGCUGCUUGGCAGAUUAGACAUACCCCCUAAGCUUCAGACCACAGCACACUAAGAGAAGGGGUGAAGCCCAUCAGGUGAACUGUGGAUGGAUUCUGCCCAGCUGUGUGCACUGAAGACAGAGACUCCCUAUGUCCUCUUCAUCCCCUGGCAUACCAUCCCCCAGCACUGGUCAGAGCUGAACCCUGUGUGUGUUUAAAGUGCUUACUGAUUUAAUGUCCUCAUGUAGAGAGGUCACUGUGCACAUGCAGCAGCUCAAUUUAGAAUCAAAUGCUGUGUGUGUUAGCUGGUCUAAUGUAGUUUCAAAACUCCAGCAAAUUAGGCCAUUACAGAUUAAUCAUUUUUAAUAAUCCACUUAUUUGGGAGUUAUAGAAGCUCACAGAAUGAUAACGGGGGAGGGAUAGCUCAGUGGUUUGAGCGUUGGCCUGCUAAACCCAGGGACUAUUUGGGGAUUGGUCCUGCUUUGAGCAGGGGGUUGGACUAGAUGAUCUCUUGAGGUCCCUUCCAACUCUAAUAAUCUAUGAUAAGAAAAUAUUUACCCAAUGUCAAAGCUUUAGUGCAUGUAUAAUUUCAAAAUGGCCAAAUCAUUCUUGAAGACAAUUCACCCAUGGGCUAAGGUACUGAAAUGUCUGGCACUUAAGAGUAUAUUGUAUGUACCUGCAGAACUUGAGUUGGGAUUUCUGGUCAAGUAUGUUCAUCUUUCCAUUGCUAUGCACUUGAAUACAGCUGAACUUUCAAAGUGAGUGUGACCCUGGAGUAUUGUUGGGUCUCAGAUGUGUUGGUGUUUUGUGGGAUUAUGAAUCUAGUUUUCUGAGUGACUAACGGCAGUUUCCCCUUGGGAAGGACAAGGAAGUCAUGUGCAGUACCUAAUUCUGAUGUAUCUGCAGCCAGUAGCAGGAUGUUUUCUUUCAAUAUAGUCCCCAAACUCUCAACAAAUGAAAAUAAAGGUUUUUAACUGACUCAAAAGUGUUUUAACUCUGAUUUCUCCCACCAAAAAUAACAACUAAAACUCUCUGGAGAGAUUUUUCUCUUUAAUGUUAAUUAACUCGCUGUUUUACUGUGAUAUUUACAGACAGAUAUUGCUCCAGGAAAAUAUCAGAUGGCCACCAGUGUUGCUAAACAAAUUGUGCUUGAUUUAACCAUUUGGUGUCUUUAAAAAAAAAAAAAAAAAAGCACCUCUGGAGGAGUAAAAGAAUCAAAGUGAUUAAGGAAGCUCCAUAAGGCUAAAGGAAAUGUGCCAUUUGUUCUCCAUCUGUAAAUAGCAAAUAAACAAUUGAGUUUUUAUAAUUUUUCUAUCAGUUUGGGUGCAGCUAGAAGGCCUGACAGAUUCAGACUCCUCCAUUCCAAAAGAUGGACUUUACUCAAAUGGUGAAAUUAGUAUGUUUGAUGACCUAAGCAUUAGUGUGAUUAGGUGUCCUUUACAAAACAAAGCAUUGGUACUGAUAAUUCCUGUGGUUCAAAUCUCCCUGCCCUUACUCACAUGGGCCCUGAUCCAGCAAAAUACUUAUGCUUGUGCCUAACUUUAAGCGUGUGAGGAAUCCCACUGACUUCAAUGAGACUAGUCACAUGUUUAAAGUUAAGUAUGUGCAUAAGUGCUUUGGUGGAUCUGAACCAUAAGAUGAAAUUUGCCCCUGUAUAGAGGGCAUGCACACUCCAUCUUGGACUUAAUUAGUGCAUCAGCCUUUUGUGAGCUCACUGCACAAGGGUGAAUUUCACCCAUGAGUUGUUCCAUUGGAUUGAGUAGAAUUUCUCCCAUGGGUCAGAUAUGCAGAAUUUAGCCUCCAGAGUCUUUAGUUAUUAGCGGCUUGGGGGAAAGGAUGGGGAAAGGGCAAAAUGUUUUAAAGGGGAUUAAAAGAUGAAAAUGAAAUAAAGUGAAAAAUAAUUUUGGGAUUAUUUUUAUACCUACUGUAAUUAAACUGCCCACUUAAAAUAAUAGCACCACAGUGGCUGUAACAGCGUAUUAAAUACUUACCUUGUUCAACUAAUUAAUGAAUAUACUUUUGUGUUUAGUGAAAAUUAGGGUUGUGCUCAGAAAAUUCUAAAAUCAAAUUUUGUCAGUCUGAUUUUAAUUUACUAUAUCUGAAAAGAAAACUUCUAUUCUCUGUGUUCAUAAGGCAUGUCAGAUUACAAACAAUAGGUCAAUUAUUUAUACUAUUAAUACUGAAAUAGUUUUCUUGGGGUGCAAUAUUUAUUUUUCUGCUUCAACAAGACACGUUUUUUGUUUCUCAUGCACAGCACUGAUGUUUUUAGUAGAAAGAAUUGAAAAGGGGCACUAUUUUUGUGUAUCAUAUUAUUUAAAUUUGUAACAUUG